AUGACACGAAUUCCACUACUUCCUGCCGUCGAGUUUUAUGAGCACUUCCGAAUUGAAAGACCAGUCUUCAACUACUUGUGCGAGCGCUAUGCACUCUACAGGCCGACGGCAAACAACAGUACCCUCUCCCACGCUUUCGUUCUGGCCUUGGCAUUAACUCGAAUGGCUCAUGGCUGGAACUACCGUGCGCUCGCGUUAGCAUUCGGGAUCAGUAGGCAACAUGCCCUCCGUGCUGUGAACGACUUCCACACCUUCGUUCAAGUAGACUUGACCCCUGAAUGGGUCGUCUGGCCCACCGAGGAUGAACUUGCGCAGAUGGAAGCCGAGUUCCGCUACGAGAGUGGCAUACCGGGCGUAGUCGGUGCAAUUGACGGAACUUACAUCCGUUGUCGUGGAAUUGGUGACCAUGCAGACGACUUUCGUAAUAGACACGGCACAAUCACAGUCAUUUUGCAAGUAAUCUGCGACUCCAUAGGCAUGAUAUACGACUUCUACGUUGGAUGGCCCGGGUCGGUCAAUGAUGCAAGAGUGUGGCAAAACUCGCCGGCCCGGGUGCGCAUAGAGCAAGGCGAACUACACGAUCGAGUACUUGUGGGAGAUGCAGCCUAUGGCCUACGGGCAUACACCUACACACCCUACAGGGCAGCCGCUGAAGAGAACGUCAACGAUGUCGACCGCGCGUAUCCCCGUUACAAGCAGUCUUAUUACAGGGAGAGCAGCGUUGUGGCUGGCACUGUUGUUGAGGAAGAAAGGAGAGGAGGAGGAAAUGGAACGGAGGAAAAGGAUGGCGCCGGGUUGGGGAUUGAUGACGACUACGAGGAGGAGCUGAGACUGCUGCACUCACAGGUGUGUGCAGUGACCGUUGACGCCAGCACAGUGCUCCUAGCAGAAAUAAGGUUGCGCCGACUGCUGCAGGCACGCAAGCAGCGGGAGGCGGUGUGGUUUGUCUCGACAUGGCGCAGGUCGCAUCUGCGUCUGAGCAACACGAGAUGGCCCCCAUCCAAUCGGCGGGCUGCUGAGCUGGCAACAGCCUAUAGGAUUCCUCCACACACGCCUUUUCAUAUUGCUACAGAAUGGAAGGGAAUGCGAACAGAGGGUGUCCCUAGCAACAAGCAACAGAACGCAAGCAUGGCGAUACUGGGAGGUGGUGAUGACGCGUCAUCAGUGGGAAGCGAUGACGUGGCAGCAGAGGGAAAUGGUGACGUGGCAGCCAUGGGAGAUGAUGACGUCAUCAUUGUGUUGUUCGUGCACAACCGGCCGGCAUAUCUCAACCGCACUCUGGAUGCUCUGAGCAAAGUGGACGGCAUACAGAACGUGCUGCUUAUAGUCAGUCACGACGGCUUCUACCCCUCCAUGCACGCCCUGGUCCGCUCAAUCUCCUUCUGUCGGGUCAAGCAGCUUUACUUCCCCUUCUCACCGCACCUCUUCAACGGAACCUUCCCAGCAGCUUCUGCCGCCGACUGUCGUGGCAAGUCAAGGCGGCCGUGGGAAACCAAGGCAGCAGGAGCUGAGCAGUGGGAGCAGUGGGAGCAGUGGGAGCAGUGGGAGCGUAAUAAGCUAAGACGGGGCAUGCGGGAAGAGCGCAGGGCAGGAGGAUGGUUUGGUGGCUUCGGGCAUGGUGUGAGCGAGGAGGAGAAGGUGGGGAAGGAGGAGAAGGAGGAGGAGGGGAAGGUGGGGCAUGGGGUGCCGUGUUGGGGCCAGGCGGAUGAAUUCGGGUCAUUCCGCGAACCAAAAAUCGUCUCACUAAAGCACCACUGGUGGUGGGUGCAGAACACUGUGUGGGACGGGCUGCCAGAGACCAGGGCAUUCAACGGCCACAUGCUCUUCAUAGAGGAGGACCACUGGCUCUUCCCCAACGCACUCAGCCACCUGCGCGCUUUGCUAAGCGCCAAGCGCCGCGGGCGCUGCGACGAGUGCAUCACUGCAGGGCUGGCGCCUGUUGAUGUGGGAAUGGUGGAGGAUAAGGAGGAGGAGGUGGGAGAUAAGGAUUCGAGGCGGAGAGGGCACUUCACGGCGGAGAGGCUGGGUAACGUGGGGUACAGCUUCAACCGCAGUGUAUGGGAGAUGAUGCACUCCCUGGCAGAGGAGUUUUGCCACGUGGACGAAUACAACUGGGAUUGUUCCAUGUGGCACCUGAUCUCCCACCACAUGCCAUCCGCUCGCAUGCUGAGGUGGCACCGUGCCAGUGCGCGGCAUUUUGGCGAGUGUGGACUGCAUGGUGAUGAGACUGGGCAAUCAGGUGAAAUGGAGAACGCAGAUGGGGAUUUAGAUACCAAUGGUAGCGAUAGUUCUUUUUCACAAACCCCGUGUGGUGCGGGGGGUGAUGAAGUGUUUAAGCUAACAGAGCAAGACAAGAAGGAUUCAAUUGUUAAAGAUGCGCAUGUGGUCUUUCCUCCAGUCCUCUCAGUGCCAGUUGUUAAGGGGUAUGGUGGUUGGGGUGAUGGUAGGGAUAUUGCACUUUGCUUACAUAUUGCAAGCAUGUACCGAUACUGUUAA